AUGGAAUCAGUUCAGUUGGAAGAGGAAUCUGGUCUUGGACAAGUAGUUGAACAAGUGGAAGAUGAAGGGGCUGCAAACUCUGAUCGAAAGUUAGAAUCUGAUGGAAAAGAAGGUGAAGAAGCCGAAGAAGAUAGUAAGGAAGCUGGAAAAGAGGUUUAGACUUUAGAAGUUUCAAAAGAACAGGUAAGGUUUUAUCAAUUUAUAUUAUACAUGUUUAGAACUGAGGAUUUUCUUUGAUUUUUUGAAAGUUUGGUGUUUUUUUUUGGCUUGUAUGUCUCGUAUAAUAUAAAAUAAGAUUAGUAUUCGUAUUUUAAAUGUUAUUUUCAGCUGAUGAGGCCCUUUCGACAAGGAAAUUCACGUUUUCUUAGCCGUGAACACACCCGAUGUCUGUGA